UUUUGUUUUUGAUUUAAAACAACAACACUACAUCAUGUCUGGACGUGGUAAAGGCGGCAAAGUCAAGGGGAAGGUCAAGUCUCGUUCUAACCGUGCCGGACUGCAAUUUCGUGGACGUAUACAUAGACCGUUGCGUAAUGGAAAUUACGCGGAACGCGUUGGCGCCGGUGCACCUGUUUAUCUAGCCGCCGUUAUGGAGUACCUAGCCGCUGAAGUUCUAGAGUUGGCAGGAAACGCCGCUAGGGACAACAAGAAAACCAGAAUCAUACCUAGACAUCUUCAAUUGGCGAUAAGAAACGACGAGGAGUUAAACAAACUUCUCUCCGGUGUGACCAUCGCACAGGGCGGCGUGUUGCCGAACAUUCAAGCGGUGCUGCUGCCCAAAAGACCGAGAAGAAGCUUUAAUUAA